AUGGCAACGCCGGAAGCCGCUCCUCAUUUUGGAGCCGAAUUGAAGGAUUCCUUCAAACCCGUCAACAAUUGGGUUUUCAAUGGUAUAUCAUGGCUGGACGAGAUACAGCAGUUCUACCGAGAACGCAGCGCAAUCGAGAAAGAAUACGCAGCGAAGUUGUCGGGGCUCUGCAAAAAGUACUAUGACCGCAAAGCAAAGAAGAUCAGCACGUUGAGCGUGGGCGACACCCCCAGCAUGACGCCGGGAUCGCUGGAAAGCGCCUCCCUCACCACAUGGACCACGCAAUUAACCGCCGUCGAGUCGCAUGCCUCGGAGCGCGAUCAGUUCGCCAAUGAUCUCGUCGCACAGGUGGCCGAGCCGCUGAAACAGGCGGCGACGCAGUACGAAGAGCUGCGGAAGUGCCAUGUGGACUUCCAUGCGAAAUUGGAGAAGGAGAGGGACUCGUCAUAUAGCGAUCUCAAGAAGGCCAAGGGGAAAUACGACGGAGUGUGUCAGGAAGUGGAGGCAAAACGGAAGAAGAUGGAGAACUCGUUCGACCAUGGGAAGCCCAAGGCCCAGGCUGCGUACCAGCAACAAAUCCUCGAAAUGAACAACGUCAAGAACACAUACCUGAUCAGCAUCAACGUGACGAACAAAAUGAAGGAACGAUUCUACCAUGAAUACGUGCCCGAACUACUAGACGGCCUGCAAGAUCUCAACGAAACCCGAGUCACCAAACUGAACACGCUAUGGUCGCAUGCGGCCCAGCUAGAGAAGAACUCACUGUCCAACAGCGUCAAUCACAUGGCCAACCUCAUCAACGAAAUCCCCCGCAACCAACCGCAUCUUGAUUCCCUCAUGUUCUUGCGGCACAAUGUCACGCAGUCGCAGGAACCACCAAACCUCGGCUUCGAACCCAGUCCGAUCUGGCACGACGACGAGGCGCUCAUCACGGACGACUCCGCCAAGGUGUUCUUGCGCAACGUCCUCAGCAACAGCAAAACACAGGUGCGCGAGCUGCGAGUGGAGUCGGAUCAGAAACGUCGAACGGUAGAAGACGCCAAGCGGAUACGGGUCAGCAUCCAGCAAGGCAAAGAUAACCGAAACGAGGUGGAAGUGGUCCGGUCCAUCUUCUACCUGCAGGAGGGUCUCCACGAGGCCGAUCGCAAGCGGCUGACCGCCGAAGUCGAGACGUCCACCAUCAUCGGCGUCGUCGGCGAUCUGUCUCUCGGGGCCAAGAACCAUAAUUUCAAAUCGCAAACCUUCAAAAUCCCGACGAACUGCGACCUGUGCGGCGAGCGCAUCUGGGGACUGUCGGCGAAGGGAUUCGACUGCCGGGACUGCGGAUACACCUGUCACAGCAAGUGUCAGAUGAAGGUGCCGGCCGAGUGUCCCGGCGAGCAGAGCAAGGAGGAGAAGAAGAAACUGAAGACGGAACGGCAAGAACAGGCCGGUUCGACGCCGACGCUGGACCUGGAGCCCUCGUCCAGCCCGUCGGCCGCGCCGUCCCUCACGCGCAAGGACACAAUGAACUCGCUGAGCUCGGGCUACGCCGUCAGUGCCAAUCGAUCGCUAUCGAAUGCGGCCAGUCUUCCUCCGCCGUCAGAAUUGGCGGCGCCCACAUCUCCAUCGCCGACGGAGCUUCCCUCCCCGGCCUCUCCGGCACCCGCCCCGGUGCAGGAGACCAAGCCGCCUGUCAAACGCAACCGAGUGCUGGCACCCCCUCCGGCACAGUACGUCAGCCCGCCGCCAGUGGAGCCGACACCUAAGCCGGGCGAGCAACGCGGGAAGAUGCUAUACCCGUAUCAAGCUGGGGGAGCCGACGAGGUGACCGUCAACGAGGGUGACGAGGUGGCCAUAGUAGAACCAGACGAUGGAGGAUGGAUGCGUGUCCGCGCCGGAGGCUCCGAAGGUCUCGUCCCGACGGCCUAUGUGGAAGCGGCACCCGCGCCGUCGCCCGUCUCCGCCAGUCCCGGCUUCACAGAUCGACCGGGAUCGGUAUACUCGAACUCAUCGGCGUCGUUGGCUGGUAGCGCCGGCGCAGCGGGAAAGCGUGUGGGACCGGCGGUGGCUCCUCGACGUGGGGCCAAGAAGGUGCAGUACGUGGAAGCGCUGUACGACUACGAGGCGCGCAGCGACAUGGAAUGGAACAUGGUGGAGGGUGACCGAUUCGUGCUGGUCAUUCGAGACGGCGGCGACGGAUGGGCCGAAGUCGAACGAGGCGGCGUGACGAAGAGUGUGCCUGCCAAUUACAUUCAGGAGGUGUAA